UGCUCAGAGCCGAAGCAGUUGGUUCGCUCCGCUGUGUCUGAGAGGCGCGAGUGUUGUGUGUGCCUGUUAUUUAGGUCUGUUACAGCACGCUAGGAGCAGCUCACCCGAGCGCAGAGACGCAGCCUAGCCAGCCAGCGACCGGUGCCGCAGUUCAGCCAGAAAGGGAAACAGAAACAAGCAGCGUGAGCGAGGGACAUAGUCACGGAGAGAAAAACACACAGAGUGAGAGAGGAAACGCUUACAAGCUGAAAAACAGCAGGAUCAGGCGGCACGUAUAUAUAUCCAGACUAAAGGAAUUCCAGCGGGGGAUUUAGUGCCGUAGCUGCGGGUGUUUUGUUUUUGUUGGUGACGUGAACGGUAUCGAGAAGCAGGAACAGGACUGACACUCGUUUUAGUUUGGAGGUAGGGUGGUACGGGCAAAAUGUUCGACUGCAUGGAGGCUCUGGGCAUGGGUCCCCGCCAACUCUACGAUGUGACCAACCGUGGCGCAUGCAUGCUUCGAAAGGCAAGCCCCUUCUAUGCCGGAUUGGACCCUUUUGCUUGGACUGGGACGGCCAGCGUACGCUCGGUAGAGACCCAGAGCACCAGUUCAGAGGAGAUGGUGCCCAGCUCCCCCUCUCCGCCACCUCCACCUCGUGUCUACAAACCUUGCUUCGUCUGCCAGGACAAGUCUUCCGGGUACCACUAUGGUGUCAGUUCUUGCGAGGGGUGCAAGGGCUUCUUCCGUCGCAGUAUUCAGAAGAACAUGGUGUACACCUGCCACCGCGACAAGAACUGCCAGAUCAACAAGGUCACACGCAACCGUUGCCAGUACUGCAGACUGCAGAAGUGCUUCGAGGUUGGCAUGUCCAAGGAAGCUGUGCGCAACGAUCGAAAUAAGAAAAAGAAGGACAUUAAGGACGAGAUCGUUCCUCCAGAGAGCUACGAGCUGAGCGGGGAACUGGAGGAGCUGGUUAACAAAGUGAGCAAAGCCCAUCAAGAGACCUUUCCUUCACUUUGCCAGCUGGGAAAAUAUACUACAAACUCCAGCUCAGAUCACCGAGUCCAGCUGGAUCUGGGUCUAUGGGACAAGUUCAGUGAGCUUUCCACCAAGUGCAUCAUUAAAAUUGUGGAGUUUGCCAAACGCCUACCAGGCUUCACCACCCUCACCAUCGCAGAUCAGAUCACCCUCCUUAAAUCGGCCUGCUUGGAUAUUCUGAUGCUGCGAAUCUGCACACGAUAUACACCAGAGCAAGACACGAUGACUUUUUCGGAUGGGUUGACCCUCAACCGGACUCAGAUGCAUAAUGCUGGCUUUGGCCCACUCACAGAUCUAGUGUUCGCUUUUGCCGGUCAGCUUCUGCCCCUCGAGAUGGAUGACACGGAGACCGGCCUACUCAGCGCCAUCUGUCUCAUUUGUGGAGACCGAAUGGACCUUGAGGAGCCUGAGCGUGUAGAUCGUCUGCAGGAACCCCUGCUCGAGGCUCUGAAGAUCUACGCACGGCGCCGCCGACCCAACAAACCCCACAUGUUCCCACGCAUGUUGAUGAAGAUCACUGACCUGCGUGGCAUCAGCACCAAGGGCGCAGAAAGGGCUAUAACUCUAAAGAUGGAGAUUCCAGGCCCAAUGCCUCCUCUCAUCCGAGAGAUGCUGGAAAACCCAGAGGCCUUUGAAGACCAGACCGAGAGCAAAGAGAAGAAGCCCGAGCCCGAGCAGCCGGCCCCUCCUCCAGCUUUGGCCAAUAUGAAGAAAGAGCAGGAGGAUGAAGAUGAUAGCUGGGCCACGGAGAACGGCAGCGAGCCUUCACCUGAGGAGGAAGACGACGACGACGAUGACGGAGAGGAGGAGAGAGGUACGGACAGCGACGGAGAAGCCUGGGCCAGCCAGGAACCCAACGUGGAGGUGUCCAGAAAAAGUCACGGAGGAAGAGCUCAGUGAAAGAGCCACCAAGCACGCUUCUUCCAGCCUUACCUGUACAGACAUUUCUAACUCAGGCCGCACGGUCAACGAUGAGAGACAUUAGUGAGUCGAUUUGAGGCGACUCACGUAAAAACCUCUUCUCAGGACCUCUCACGCAGAACGAGAGGGCAGGCGAAAGACAAAACAACUGGCUUUUCAGAAAAAAAUUGCUUUUUUAAAAAAAAAACUUUUAAAAAGGAGAAGCCAAAUGGACUUACACUAUUAACAGCUGACUUUCAACGGGUUCAAAAAAAAAAGGUUCUUGCAAAAGAAAAUACAGAAUGGAAACUGAAAAUAGAGUUGUUUUUCUGUUUCAUUGAUAUCAUUUUGACUUUUUUCAACAUUGAGCUAGUUUGUUCUCUUUACAUUUUAUGAAUAAGCCCAUACAUAUCUAUAUAUACCUUUAUAUAUUUUUGUCUAUUUUCUUAGUUAUAUUUCGUUUGGAUAGCUUUUCUGGGCAGAAAUACGGAAAGAUAAUCGGAUUACUAUAACUGGCAAACCUUUGCUGGGUCUUUAUCCAACUGCUUGGUUGGGUUAUUGGGCACUUUGGCUCAGCAUUGAAGUCAUUGAUAAUCAGAUCAAUGGCAGAGUAUCUCCCAUUGAUCAUUAGGAUGAGCUGUGUUUUUAGGGGACUCCCGUUUCGUGUCUGUUUUUUAUUGCGUCAUACGAUUCGCUGCCAAUUGAAUGGUGUGACUGUGCCAAAGUUUGCAGCUUGUAGGGUCAGGAGCCCAGCUCCAAACAUCCACCUGUCCAUUACACCCUCAUGUCUAUUACCCAAAAGUCAUACUGCGUCGAUGUCAUACUCAGACGUUAUGCAGUGCAUAAUGAGUCAAAUGAAAAUAUGGCGAGCCCAGUGCUGUGUGCCAUUACGCAAUUUGACCUCAUCGGGUUAGACACGAUAACUACAUCUGAACUCGUGUACCAUAAUGAAACACAGGAAUGCAUCCGAUCUAACACACACAUGCACACACACUCACUUGAAAAGCUCAUUAUAUAUGUAUUCAAAGCUCUUGUUAAAAUUCAGACUCAGGGCAUUUCUGUAAGGACCAAACGCUUGCUGUCUGGGCAGCUUAGAUACAGGCAAUAUUUAUGUGUGUUGUAGAAAUCCCGCUGUCUUACAAUGAAACGAAAACGAUCUGCGUAUCCUACACGGCUAUCGACGAACCCUCAUCUUCUCUUUUUCGUCGUAGUAAUAGAUUUGGCUGGUUUUACCUUUAACCUGGGUCCGUUUAUUGCCAAAAACACACCGUAUGCAAUUUGGUGGUCGUGAGCCACUGAACAUAUUUCAGUUGUCUCAGUCAAGCAAUAUGACAAUGACCAGAACUCAGAUUUGUUUGUGUGUGUGUUUGUGUGUUGAAUGUGAGUAUGGCUGCACUCAAUAAGCUGUAGUGUACUACGUUGUUCAAUGAAUGUUAUCACAGUGGUGCUGUCAGAGAGUGUGUGAGCUGUCAUACUGACCUCUUUCCUCUUCAGAAUUGCACCACAGCCACACGUAUAGCAAAUGCGAAAGGAAUGUUGAGAUUACUUUGCUAUAACUCUUCGUCAUAUUUUUUGUUCUCUCAACUUGGCUAAUGUAUUACCAUUACUAUUUUGUUUGUGUUCAACAAAUUCUGUUACAUAAAAAGCCAUAUAAACAAUAAGAGGCACAAUAAACAUUUUUUUCGAGAAA